AACAUCGUGUGAUGAUGCAGAGAUCGACUACUACCUGUUCUACCAGGUCUGCCUCAUCCCUGCAGUUGUACUCACACUCUUGAUGGCAGCUACAAAACCUCGCAGACAGAAGCUGUUACAAUUUCUCUAUGGCCGUCCUGGUCUUGUCUUCCCUAUGGACACUCUGACAAGAUCUUCUAGAAUCUCCUAUUGCUGUGCAUUCGGUGCUAUUGGCUUCACAGUAUAUGAGAUCAUAUGGAAACAGCAGUACGCUAUCGAAUAUUCUGGUCCAGUUGUUGUGAAAGUGAUCGUAUCGGUGUUAAUCUACGGUAUGGUUUACUUCCCGGUGUUCACAAGCCUAGCCUUAGGUACAGCCUUCUCUUACUUCCUAGGAUCGCUUUAUAUUUGGAUGUUCUUUGCGCUCGAAAUAUAUCAAGCCAACACUUGUGAAUACAGUGCGGCACUGCGAGCUGUCAUACUGCUCCGAGCUUUACCCAAUCUGCUGUGUCAUGCCUACCUGAGUGUGGCCAUGCCAGUCAAGUUCUGUUUGGCUCUGAGGAGAAGGAAGUACUUCACCCCCAGCCUCGGAGAGGACCCUCACUCGGAGACACUAGAACAGAUCAAAAAGUCCUUCCAAGGGAAACAUGUGACUAAGUUGCUACGGAAACCCGAAGUUGAGAUAAGAUACUGCGCAAGGUUAAGAUAUUACACAAAGAAGAGACAUGAGCUAAAAUACCCAAAACCCCUGAAGGCAUUAAAGAAAGUUUUUUUUUUUUUACUUUACAAAGAUUAUGAAUGUUUUCGGUAUCCCUCACUGCUGGCGUCGGUCAUGUUUAUAGCUGCAUUUAUUAUUUAUGUU